UCUGGGAGUUGAAGUUUACAUAUCUUAAGUGAAAAGUGAUUAAGGUUGAAAACAUUGUCCCUACCUAGAUAAUCGGGAUUUGUCUCUGGGAUCCAUUCUCUCCUGCUCAGACUGAAAUGCCUAUUGCAGAAUUUUAACAAGCAGGUUCAAAGGAAAUGAAAUGAACCGGCAAUAACUUCUCCAAAUCUUGCUUUUAAUUUCAGUUCCACCAGCCUUUUAGCAAGCAGGCUCACAUGUUUCAAAGAUGCUUUCUCUCCACCCUUUCCUUCUCGCAUGUGACUUACCAACUGCCUAUAUAACCCAGAAAUUUCACUCUUCGUGAGCACCACUUCCUCUUUGCUCAAAACUCUUCAUCAGGGAACAGUGGGUAUUUUUUGUUCUCCAGAGAAGUGUCUGAAUGAACCUGCUGUAGCCGGGAAGAAAAACCACCAAGACCAUUGUGGCAUCUUAAGGGCCAAAACGUUGCAUUAAUCCAAUCCCUCUUUUACCGCAAUAAUUCAGUUUGAAGUGGUUGCAUUAUGAGUCGGUGGAAGCCACUAAUUGAAUUUCUUCUAAUCAUGGCUGGAGCAGUUUUUUCUUGCACUGGUCACGUGCUGGAUGGAGAGACUCCAGGUAGGACAACCCUACGACCCACCUCAUUUCUGCAGAGAGCACCACUUCCAGAUCGCUCCCCUCCUUCCAAUUCCCAAGCCACGAUUCGUCCAUACAGUCAUUCACAAGCUUUGGCUAAUCGAUUAGGCCAUGGCGUAGCGCGAGGAAUUCCUUCAACGCCCACAGCUGAGAUGUUAAAGGCAGAGUCCAUCCCACUGACAAAAUCACAGGCUGUGUGGAAACCCAUAGAGGAUGCAAGGACAACACUUUUGCCAUCUGAGCCGCAAACUGAUUGGACCGAAACCCACAAAACAAGAACGGUGUCUCAAGAAACAACCUCAACACCGCCGCUAUCAGCUAGUCGGAGAAAGGCGACUCCUGUUCUGAGCACAACGAAGGAAAAUGCGAAUAAGACGACUGUCUCCAGGGCUACUGAGCAAGACACUACGAAGUUGAGGAAACACACAACCGUUGAGAAGACAAGUUCAGCAACACACAAGAGCAUGACCUCUUCGCCUACGCCAACAAGUCAAACUGGACCAACAUUGGCACCUCAGCCAUCACCCGCUCUGACGGGCACUUACAGUGUUUCCAACGGAACUGCGGAUUGCAUUAAAGCUUUGGUUGGCUUGACGAUGAUUGUUACAAACACAAAAACGGGCGAUCUAGAAUAUUUUAAUAUUGAUCCCAACGUCACACACACGGCAGGAUAUUGUGGAUCUGGUCAAUCGAUGCUCAACAUCUCGUUUGAAGGUGGCUUCGUACAUUUUAUUUUUACUAAGAAAGAAAAGAUCUAUUAUAUCAGCAUGAUUGAAGCUUCUUUGACCAUUCUCUCGCAAGGUUUUAUGUACAACGGAAUUAAAAACGACCACCUCUUUUCCACAUCUGUGGGAAGCUCCUUCAAGUGUCUCAGUAAGCAAACGGUGGACUUGGCCAGCAACUUUCAGCUGCAGGCUGCCAAUUCCCAGCUUCAAGCCUUUGAUAUCGUAAAUAACCAAUUUGGAAAAGAAGAGGAGUGCACUUUGGAUAGAAACAAGAAGUUGAUCCCAGCAACAAUUGGCUUCAGUCUGUCGGGAUUAGUUAUCAUCAUCCUGUUCUCCUGUGUGCUUUAUAGAAGGAAAGCUCACACCGGAUACAGCCGUAUCUGAAUCCCGAAGUUUAUUUAUGAAUGGGUGUAGUAGCAACAAAUGAUAAGAUGAGGAAGAAGGGGAGAUCCUGCUUGCUUUUGCUGUGGCAAUCAGAUGUGCAAAUAGCAGUUGAGCAUCUUUAAGUGAUUUUUAAAUUUCUGACACUUUUUAACACUUGAUUGGAAAUUAAUCAGCUCAAUGCAGGUGCAAAGAUACCGAUUAUCUAUAUACAACAGUAGCAAUAUUUUUAUUUGCUUGGGUGUUAUUGCGGUUUUUUAAUUCACCUGGAUGAAUUCAAUUAAGAUUAGUAGUACUAAUGUGUAUGUCACAUCAGACAGAUCUGUCUGCGGUAGACACAUUGUUAGAGGUGCUUAGGCAAAACCUUCAACAAACAUUAUGUUCUGAACUUUAAUAACUUUAACCCUUUGGAACAAUCUACCAACCUCCGGACUUUUCGUCGGGCCCUAAAAACUCAUCUCUUUCAGUUAGCCGGUCUCUCUUGAUUUUAUGAUUUUAUGGUUGGUUUUAAAUUUUGAUAUGGAUUUUAAAUUGAUAAAUUUUAAACUAUGGGCCAAAUUUAAUUAUUUUAAAUCUAUUUUUAAUCGUACUUUAUGUAUAAAUGUUUUUAUUUUGAC